UCCGCAUGCACUGAGUGUGAAAGCAUUUUAGGAGAAAUUUCGCUCUUCUUCACUCAGUCUCUACCACACGCAUAGUUGUGAAUAUUGUAGCCGCGUGAGUCUUGGUGGGGAGUGGGGAGCAAUCUCUCUCAGCCACCAGACAACGCUGCCUGGCUCGGUCACAGUGGCUGGCUGGCCUGGCAGGCGCGACCAAGCCCCAGUGUGUCAAACCCGGAUCACACCCAACACGUAACGUCGUUGUCACAUUUCACAGGACCUUCACGCAGUCGGCUUUUGGAAAAGCGAACGAAGUCCAACUCGAGUAAGGUCACUCUCUUGCUCAGGUCCUGCACCGCUGCUGUGCCACACGGACCAGGUCAGAAGACCUAGCCAUUGAGUGGCGUGGAAAAUCCGGGAAUCGUCUUGGUCCCACACCACAAGCUCAACAGGAGUCCACGCCACAACAGUCAACAGCACAGCGCGGCGUCGACUCAUCAUGGCAGGUGCAACACCUCAGACGUUUCGCUUGAAGCCCAAUCCCCCCGUGCCAUCACAGAAGCUACAGGAGGGUUUCAAAUUCCGGCGCUGGGAUGACGACGAGGUUGAAUGCACAGUGAGGGUCGACGAGACGGGCCUGAUCAUGUCGAUUUUGUUCGAGCGGCGGGAGGGAGUACCAAUCUAUCUGAGUGAGCUGUCGGACGUGCGUACAGGUCGCUACGCAAGGCCACCGAAAGACCAUAAGCUAGUGGAUGCGCUGAUUGCCAACGCCGGUGUGUCGUCGUUUGACGAGAUCGGCGUGACAAUAGUGUACGGCACCAACCUGAUUGACGUGAGCUUCCUGUGCCUAGCCGCGUACAGCAAGAAAGAUGCGGUGCAGUUCAGCACGGACAUACAAAAGCUCAUGUACAACAACGUGGGUGUGUAUAUCAGUGAGCAGGUGACCUUACUUCGCGAGCACGCCAGGCUCCGCACGCUGCGGCAUCCGGAGAAGAAUGGCAUAGCUGCCAAGCACAUCCAGACGAUCUUCGCCAUGAAGAACGGCGACGAGUUUCGCGCCGCCAUGGAAGCUGUGGGCUGGGAUGUGCGCAAGACCGACUACGUGCCGUUUGAGCUGUUCACACUGGAGGCAUUCUUGCAGCUGUACGAAAGACUCGUGCCGACGCCGUACGUUGACGACGUCUUCAAGAAAAUCGUGCCGGGAAAGAGCCGUAAACCGUACACGUCCGCCAAAGAGUUCAAGAUAUUUCUGAAUGAGUUCCAUCGUGAUCCGCGCCUCAACGAGAUCUUGUUCAAGCACAAGACGGUGGAGGACGCCGAGCAGAUCAUCCGCACCAUGGAGCCAAAGCGCGACUAUGCCGACAAAUGCCAGCUGACAAAGGAGGGCCUGCUGACGUUCCUGCGCUCCAAGGAGAACGCCAUCAUCCACCUGUCUCGCUUCGGCCUGCACCAGGACAUGGAGCAGCCGCUGUGCCACUACUACAUCAACUCCUCGCACAACACCUACCUGACCGGGCACCAGCUGACGGGCAAGGCCACCGUCGAGAUCUACCGGCAAGUGCUGCUGACGGGCUGCCGCUGCAUCGAGCUGGACUGCUGGGACGGGGCUGACGGCGAGCCGGUGAUCACUCACGGAAAAACUAUGGUAAACAACAUUCCGUUUGUCGACGUGGUGGAGGCCAUCAACGAAACUGCCUUCAAGGUCACCGACUUUCCCGUCAUCCUCUCGUUCGAAAACCACUGCCGCUUCCGACAGCAACGCAAAAUGGUCCACUACCUGCGAACAAUUCUGACCGACAAGCUAAUACUGGAGCCGCUCGAAGACUACCCGAUAAAGCCUGGACUGCCACUGCCACCGCCCAGCAGGCUGCGCGGCAAGAUUAUCUGCAAGAACAAGCUGAUCGUGCCCAGGGACAAGAAGGAUGACGACAGAAUGGGAACGCUGCCAAGACGCGGCGUGCUGGAGAGAGACGACACUCUCUCGAGUGCCGUUGUUGUCGGAGCAGUCUGUCCGCGCAGGGACACAGCGUCCGAUGGUGACGGUCUGAGUACAACUAGCUCGCUGAAGUCACCAGUCAAGGAGGAAUCUCAAGAUGGCGCGGGGGAUGCUGCUUCAGCACCGAGGCUUCCUCCCGUCACUGAAGUCAGCUCGGCUGACGAUGGUACACGUGAUUCAAUGGCAACAUCUCCGACGGAGAGUGACAAUGCCAGCAUCCCGAGCACGUCCACUGGAGAUCAAACACCAGCAAAGCGCACAGGAUCAUACGAUUCCGGCUAUGCAACUACAUCAACGAAUGGAAAGACUGCUGACAGCGUGGCCACUGAUGUUGCUUCCCCGGAUGAGCCAGGGCAAGCAAGCAGUGAGCAAGUGGAACCUUGUGCAGCAGCAGCUACAGAUUUGUCUACAGCAGCAGCAGCAACUGAGAAUAGUGAACUCGCUAAUGGAAGUGAAACUGGCGCUACUGCUGCAGGUGCUGGUGGUGUAAUCGGUGCUGGUGCUGCCACGGCUACAGCUCCUUCAACUGAAUUGCAGCCAGUGACAACUGCCUGGACAGAUUUGGACAUGCCAUCCCUGGUCAACUAUGCCGAACCAAUCAAGUUCAGAUCGUUUGGUGAGUCCGAGGAAAACAACAAGCACUACCAGAUGUCAUCGUUUCCGGAGACUGGUGGCGUGCGGCUCGUCCUGGAUUUCCCCAAGCAGUACAUCAAGUACACCCAGCGACAAAACACCCGCAUCUAUCCAAAAGGCACCCGCGUGGAUUCGUCCAACUACCAGCCGCAGGUCUUCUGGAACGUCGGCUGUCAGAUGGUGUCGCUGAACUUCCAGACCCUGGACUUGCCCAUGCAGCUGAACCUUGGCAAGUUUGACUACAAUGGCAUGUGUGGGUACCUGCUGAAGCCCGAGGUCAUGCGCCGCUCCGACCGCGAUUUUGACCCGUUUGCCGAGUCGCCUAUCCAGAACAUCGUCGCCGCCACCAUCACGGUGCAGAUUCUCGCCGGCCACCUGAUCUCUAACGCCAAGGAGCAGGUGCGCGUGGAGGUGGACAUGUACGGCAUACCGGCCGAUACCGUGCGCAGGCGCUUCAAGACCAGGUACGUGCCGAAUGAUGUCACGGUGAUCUUUCCCAAUCAGCCGUUUGAGUUCAAGAAGGUCAUCCUGCCGGACCUGGCCAUGCUGCGCCUGGGUGUGGUGGACUCGCAGGGCACGCUGCUGGGUAUGCGCGUCCUGCCGCUGGACGGUUUGGAGCCCGGCUUCCGCUACGUGCACUUGAACAACGAGCGCAACCAGAGCCUGUCGCUGGCGUCCCUGUUCGUUCACAUCAAGGUGUCCGAGUACAUCCCGGAAGAGAUGCAGGACUUUGCGAUGGGCCUGAUGGACCCGAUCAAGUACCAGCGUGAACGCCACCAGGCAGCACUGAGCGCCAUGACCGACGAUGACCUCAUGGACGCUGGCAACCCUAACGAUCCCGGUGCACGUCGCACCAGCGACCCAUUGGGCAACGCGGCAGCAGCAGCGGCGGCUGCGGACGCCCAAGCUGCGGCUGGAGUGCGGGCGCCCGUGCACAAGCGCCAGUCCAUGCCAGCCACCCAGCUGGCUGGUGACCCAUCCUCUCCAGCUCAGCGGGGAGCUCGGCCGCCCGGCAGUGCAGAGCAUGGCCGAUCUCAGUCACUGGUACCGACCGGCAAGGGACCGAUAUCCUUGCAACCGCAACCACAGCAACCCGCCAACGGCAAGAAGUUUUGCCUUCAGGUCCCGAAAGCAGCCACGGGUCGAGACAUCCUCACUUCAAAGGAGGCGGCAAAGGAGCUGAAGAAACUCAACAAGGACAUUUCCUCCCUCCGUAAGAAGUUUCUCAAGUCCCACGCUUCGCUAACGAAGGCACAGGCGUCGGAGCUCAAGAAGCAGUCAGGAAAGGGUGACGCCGGACUUGCAGCCAGUCUGAAAGAAACGCACGAGCAGGCCAUGGUUCAGCUGGCACAGCGGGCCAUCGAGGAAGAAGGGGCGCUUGUGCUGAAGCUGCUGCCGCUGUUCUUUGCCUGGGUUGGCAAAGCAAUGGCUGCACGCCACGCAGGCGAGCUCAAGCAGUUCGACGAAUGCUUCAAGCGUGAGGUGGCAGCACUGGCGGCACGAACCCAGAAGACAAACACGCAACAGAGCCAGAACUACAGGGAGGAACAGAAGAAGAAGGUCACCGACAAAGAAGAGCUACAGCGCAAGAUCCGCGAGUACCGCAACAAGAUCGUCGAGAACUCAGUGAGCGAGCGCCAAGAAGCCGAUCGUGUGCGGAUGGCCGAGCUCUCCAAUCUGGAGAAGGCACAGAGCGAGUCCGUCACCGACGUGAAGGCGGCAGAGGACCUGGAGCUUGACCGGGUCAGGAAGGUGUACGAAACGCGCACGGCUACAUGCACGGGCCCCAACGGGCUAGAGAUGUACGUCAGCAUAGCACUGGAAGACAAAGGUCUCAUCAUUGUCUCGCUGUCCGAACUGCCUUGACGUGGCAGUCGUGCCUGUAAACCAGCUGUGCACCCUUACAUGGACAACGUCGUGCAGAAGCGAAGUGCGACUGGGAAAGGCGUAGAGCUUUGUAUCACGCGCAGAGGUACCCGGACAAACUGCUCACUGCCCGCGUAGAAACAGAGUUGCCCUCACAGGGACAAGUGAACUAGCUGGUUUUGUCGUGAUCGUUCCACCAAUACCGAGGAUAGUUUCUGUGUUGCUGCUAACAGCUACUGCUAUUUUCUCUACCAUUGGUGAAAAUAAUGUUUCUUUGGCAACUACUGCAGCUAAUCAAUAUGGGGCUGGGCCUAUUUCUAAUGAUAGUCUUUGUUUAGCUUGUACAGUUGACGCAGGACUUUCACAGCCUUCACACCAAUCACUGCACCUCCCGCAUGCACUGUCUUCACGGAACGAGGCAACGUUGCACUAUCUAAUAAUUAUUAUAAUUAUGUUAGUGCCUUUGUUCAGAUGUAUUUCUUGCCUCUUGGCUCUGCGAAAGCCAUGUUAACAUGUUUCUCGGAUCUAACCGCACUAGAUGGGAACCGACUCUAAUAGUAAUAGAUAUGCGCUUAAAACCGUAAUAGCUAGUAUACUGAUUUAGCAGGUGGGGGCACUCUAGCACGCUUUAUGCUGAUCACAUCAUUUGCCGGCCCCUGCACUGGGAAAAUGCUCCCUACUAAUUUUAGUAUUUACAUGUUUGCCAUAGAAUCUGAUAGCUCUCAGGUUUUUUAUUGCCAACUGAUCAUUCUUGACACAUAAUAACAGCGCACGUGUCCUUGUCAAUCUGCGAUUAGAAAUUCAACAUGGUAUUUGAACCGAGA